AUGGAGCCCUCUCUUGAGGGUGCUAGGAGGAAAGCAUUGGGAAGAGCUACACUUCCUAGCACUCUGUGCAUGCCUUUCAAGACGUCGCAGGGGCUCAAGAGGGCUCCAUUUCCCUUAAAGGAGCUUGCUGGUGCUGGACCUCGCAUGUCCUCUGAAAGGGGCAAUUUAGUCUUCAAUACUGGCUCAGCCAAAAAUAUUGAAUUCAGAACUGGAUCACAGGGCAGAAUAAAAGUUAAUGAAGAAGACCUUACCGAGACCUUUAGUCAGAUCAGAAAGAAUAAGGAUGAGAUUCUAGAGCUAAAAAGAGUCAUCCCUCAAAAUGUUUCCAGUCAAAUCACUCAGCUUCAUUCCAAGAUUGUGAAUAUUGAGAACAGAUUUCAAAGCCUUGAACAGACCUUCCUAAGAAAAGCCUGUAACAGUAACCCUUGCCAGAAUUCGGGAACCUGCAUCAAUUUGCUGGAUGCUUUCUUUUGUCUGUGUCCCAACAACUGGCAGGGACCAUUCUGUUCUGUCGAUGUUAAUGAAUGCCAGAUUUAUGCAGGGACACCCCUAGGCUGCCAGAAUGGAGCUACAUGUGUAAAUACCCCUGGAAGUUACAGCUGCACUUGUACACCAGAAACCUAUGGACCCCACUGUGUGUCAAAAUUUGAUGACUGCCAGGGAGGAUCUGCUGCUCUCUGUGAGCAUGGCCUCUGUAUUGACGGAAACAGAGAGCAGCCUAAUCAGCCAAAAUACAGCUGUGUCUGUGAGGCUGGCUGGAUGUCUCCACCUGGGAGUCCUGCUUGCAGUGCUGAUAUUGAUGAAUGUAGCCUCCCCAAACCUCCCUGCUCACUGAAUCCUCCUGUGCAGUGCUACAACACUCUGGGCUCUUAUUUCUGUGGUCCUUGUCCAGCAGGGUGGCAAGGAAAUGGCUACAGCUGCCAAGAUGUGAAUGAGUGCGAGACAGAAAAUGGAGGCUGUUCAACUGCCCCAAUGGUUCAGUGUAUCAACACCAUGGGAUCUUUCUACUGUGGUCAUUGUCCACCAGGUUAUGAAGGUGAUGGGAAAGUGUGCACUCAGGUUGAUGUUUGCUCAGUAAACAACGGAGGCUGCCACCCACUUGCUGCAUGUACCAGUUUACCAGGCCCUUUGCCUAGCUGUGUCUGCCCAGCUGGAUACACUGGGAAUGGCUAUGGACCAAAUGGAUGCCUUGCUCUGAGCAAUAUCUGUCAAAGUCACAACCCUUGUCUAAAUGGACAGUGUCUUGCCACACCCUCUGGCUAUAACUGUGUGUGUGAUCCUGGCUGGACUGGCACCAACUGUACAGAAAACAUGGAUGAGUGCUCCAGCAAUCCUUGUCAGCAUGGGGGAAGCUGCAUUGAUGGGGUGAAUGGCUACUUUUGUGAAUGUACGAGUACUUGGACUGGAUCUCAGUGUGAGACACCCCAACGAGUUUGUGGAGGAUCACUUUCAGGCCUCUCAGGCUCAUUCAGCUAUCCAAACAACCCGGGUGCUGAGCAGUAUGCUCCACAAGUCAGCUGUGCUUGGGUUAUCCGGACCCGUUUCAACAAGAUCUUGCGUAUCACUUUUCCAUUCUUCCAACUGGAGGAAAGUAGCCGCUGUAGGUCUGACUUCCUCCAGAUUCAUGAUGGAGAAUCAGCAUCCGAACACAUGCUGGGAAAAUACUGUGGGUCGUCUCACCCAGAAGAGCUUUUCAGCAGCCAUAACUCUUUGUAUUUCUGGUUUCGCUCUGACCGCAUGAUUAAUGCAGGAGGAUUUGCAGUUCAUUGGGAGUCUCGGGAGCCUGAGUGUGGAGGUGAACUGAAUAAUACUUACGGCUCCAUUAACUCACCUGGCUACCCAGGUAAUUACCCUCCCAACAGGGAUUGUUACUGGACUCUCUCAAUCAACCCUAGCCUCCUCAUCACAUUUGCCUUUGGCACUCUGAGUCUUGAACACCAUGAUAAUUGCAGCCAGGACUACUUGGAGAUUCGAGACGGCCUCCUCCCUCAAGAUCCUCUCCUGGGAAAAUACUGCAGCACAGGGUCACCACCUCCUCUUCAGACUACUGGCCCUUAUGCCUGGGUUCAUUUUCAUUCCAAUGCUGUUGGUAGUGAUAGAGGCUUCCAUAUCACAUACACAACAUCGCCUGCGGAUCCCAAUUGUGGAGGAAACUAUACAGACAGCCAUGGGGUUCUCAUGUCCCCCUACUGGCCUAAUUCUUACCUUAACAACAGGCAGUGCAUCUACAUCAUCCGACUGCCACCUGGAGAAAAGAUCUAUCUCAAUUUCACACACCUGGAUUUGGAAAUCCAUCCUCCUGGCUGCUCUUGGAACUAUGUUGAGGUCCGAGAUGGUGACACUGAAAUAUCUCCCUUAAUCAACAAGUUCUGUGGCAAUGUGGUUCCUUCCGCCAUCAUUUCCAAUACCAACAGCCUUUGGGUUAAGUUUAAGUCCGACACCUCCGUGCACAGGUCUAGCUUCAGGGCACUUUAUGAAGUUGCUUGUGGAGGUGCUUUAUCUGGUGAAGGUGUCGUCAGAUCUCCCUAUUAUUCCAGGGCAUUGUCUCAAGGCAAGGUCUGUGAGUGGAUCAUCUCCCAGACGGAAGGCAAUGUAGUCAUUCUUAAUUUCACUGACUUUCAGAUCCAUAAUAUCACGACAUGUGUUUCAGAUUAUGUUCAGAUCAGAGAUGGCAACAAUGUGAAUUCUCCUUCUUUGGGGAAAUACUGUGGUGUAAAUGUACCAUCUAUCGUUCAGUCUACACAGAACUAUCUCUACUUAAAAUUCAGAGCUUCAUCUGUUACAAACUUUGGUUUCAUGGCUGAAUACAAGUCUUUAGAUAAAGCAUGUGGAGGGACUCUCACAGAGCCAGCUGGAGCCAUUGCAAAUCCUGACUAUCUAGCCACAUACCCACAUGGAGUCAAAUGUUCAUGGACCAUCUUAGUCCAACCUGGUUACCUGAUCCGUCUGACCUUCACCUCUUUUAACUUGGAAUUUGAUUAUCCUUGCUACAGAGAUUAUCUUGAAAUCUAUGACAACAUCACCAUGACAAAACUGGGACGAUACUGUGGGAGAUCAAUCCCACCAUCUAUUACCAGUAGUGGAAAUACCUUGACAUUGUAUUUUGUGACAAAUCACAAUAUUGUCUCAGAGGGAUUCUUGGUGGAUUAUGCUUCACUGAAUGCAUCUACAGUAUGUUCACAUGACUAUACAGAGGCAUCUGGUGUGCUGACAUCUCCAAACUAUCCCAACCACUACCCCAACAAAAUGACAUGCAUAUACAAAAUCAGUGUGGGGAACAACAAACAGAUUUCUUUACACUUCACCAACUUCUCUUUGGAGGGUGGAGUAUGCACAGGGGAUUAUGUAGAACUUAGAGAUGGAGGUUAUGAGACCUCACCACUACUUGGGAGAUACUGUGGCACAUCAUUGCCUCCAGUUACUAUUUCCCAUAGUAACAAACUGUGGAUGAAGUUUGUAAGUGACGUAUAUUUUGCAAGCACUGGAUUUUCAGCUUACUGGGAUGGAACAUCAACAGGUUGUGGUGGAACUCUGUCAACUUCCUCCGGAAUCUUCAUGUCUCCCAACUACCCUUUGCCUUAUUUCCACAAUGCGGAAUGCUACUGGCUGCUGAAAGCUAGUCGCGGAAGCCCAUUCGAAAUCCAGUUCGAUCAGUUCCAUCUAGAGUCACAUUCAAGAUGUGCCUUUGACUACCUUGCUGUUUAUGAUGGCAACAGUACCAAUGCUAAGGUGCUGGGGAAAUUUUGUGGUAAUCAGAUACCACCCUCAAUCCGCUCCACUGGGGACACUUUAUACGUAAAACUAAGGACAGAUGGCUCUUUGGGCGGUGGAGGUUUCCUUGCUCGUUAUGUGCAGAUUUACCAGGGAGUAGUAAUUGCCAACCGUAGCCAGGGCAUCUUGGAGAGUUUAAACUACCCACAUAACUAUCCUCCAAAUGUAUAUGGUGACUGGACCAUACAAACCACGGCUGGCAACACCCUUAACUACAGCUUCACAGCAUUUAGCACAAAAGGAGGAGAAAACUGUGCACGUGACAAUUUAAAGCUUUACGAUGGGCCUAAUGCCCAGUCCAGCCUGAUAGGCACUUUCUGUGGCGACACUGAUCUCCCUUCUGGGGGUGCAACCACGAGCUCCAGUCUUCAUGUGGUGUUUUUUUCUGAUCAAAUAGAUGAAUCUACAGGAUUUCAGAUGCUAUGGCAUGCACAUGGAUGCGGUGGGGAGCUCUCUGGGACUUCUGGAUCUUUCCAUAGCCUUGGAUACCCAGACAAAUACCCACCCAACAGGGAAUGCCACUGGUUUAUUCACACAGCCCCUGGUAGUAGCAUUCAACUCACCAUUGUGGAAUUUGAUGUUGAGUACCAUCCAAGUUGCAACUAUGAUGUUUUGGAGAUCUAUGGUGGGCUUGACUUUUCUUCUCCCAGGCUGACCCAACUAUGCAUCCCAAGAUCAUUACAGAAUCCUCUGCGUGUCUCUAGCACUGGUAAUGCAAUAGCCGUCCGAUUCAAAACAAACAACUCUGUAAAUGGAAAGGGAUUCAAUGCUACUUGGCAAGCGAUCGCUGGAGGUUGUGGAGGAGUUUUCCAUGCUCCAAAUGGUGAAAUCCAUUCUCCUAACUAUCCUCAACCUUACAGCAACAACACUGACUGCUCUUGGAUCAUCCAGGUUGAUAGUGGACACCGUGUCCUGCUGAACUUUACAGAUUUUGAAAUUGAAUCUCACCAAGCCUGCAAUUAUGACUAUGUCGCAGUGUUUGAUGGCUCAAAUAACGAAGCUCCACUUCUUGGAAAAGUCUGUGGUGGGCAGCAACCGUCUCCUAUUACAUCCAGCCAAAAUACCAUGUUUGUGUGGUUUCGCUCUGAUAACACCGUCCAUCACAAAGGGUUCAGUGCUCGUUUCACUGAAGCUUGUGGGAGUGUCCUGGAGGCUGAUUCAGUUGGUGCAGCAAUUUCGUCUCCUUUGUUCCCUGCCAAGUACCCAAACAAUCAGAACUGCAGUUGGAUUAUCAGAGCCCAGGAGCCAUUCAACCACGUUACAUUGUCAUUCACUGACUUUGUGACUGAAGACAUCAGGCGUAACUGUACUACAGAUUAUGUAGAAAUUCGGGAAGGGGAUAAUGAUGGCGCACCUCUGCAAGGGCGUUAUUGUGGCACCACUAUGCCACAUCCUGUUACAUCUUUUGGCAGUGCUUUGUUCAUCAACUUUGUAUCUAAUAACGCCAUUACUGCUAAAGGGUUCCAUGCUACCUUUGCUGCAUCAACAUCUGCCUGUGGGGGUACUUUCCAUAUGGAGAGAGGAGCCUUCAACAGCCCUGAGUUUCCUGAGCCUUACCCGCCGAAUAUUGAAUGUGUCUGGAACAUUCUGAGCUCCCCUGGCAACCGGCUCCAGCUGUCUUUCACAGAAUUUCAGGUGGAAGAAAGUACAGACUGUGCCAAGGACUACCUAGAAAUUUGGGAAGGCAGUCUCAGUGGCCAUUUGGUGGGGCGAUAUUGUGGAAACGCCUUGACAAAUCAUACAUCUGUCACCGGACACAUCCUGUGGAUUAAGUUCAUCUCAGAUGGCUCUCAGACUGGAAUGGGUUUCCGGGCCACAUUUGCUCACUUGUUUGGAAAUAAUAUUGCAGGGAAUAGUGGACAAAUAGCUUCUCCACUGUGGCCGAGAUAUUACCCUCACCACUCCAACUACCAGUGGACGAUAACUGUCAACACAACACAAAUUAUCCACGGCCAGAUCUCACAGAUGGAUAUUGAAGAUUUGUACAACUGUUACUAUGACAAGCUGAAGAUCUACGAUGGCCCCAACACACAUUCACGCCUCAUAGCAAAGUAUUGUGGUGUAGCCCCUUCUUCUUUCACCUCUUCUGGAAGCUCUGUUACCCUCCAGUUCAUCUCUGAUUCUUCUAUAAAUGGAAGGGGCUUCCUUUUGGACUGGUAUGCAGUGGAAGCUCUUACAGACGUUGGACAUACCAUUCCUAUAGGUGCCUGUGGAGGUGUCGCAACAGCCAGUGAAGUGCCUUUGUUCUUGUUCUCUCCAGGCUGGCCCUCGAACUACAGACAUUUUGCAGAGUGUACAUGGGUUAUCAGAGCACGAGACUCAACAGUGGAGUUCAACAUCCUGGCCUUGGACAUUGAGUCUCAUAGCUCAUGCAGCUAUGAUAAACUAGUCUUCCGAGAUGGGGACAACAGUCUUGCCCCAGUUAUGUCCACUGUAUGUGGCCGUGAAGUUCCGGGACCAAUUAGAUCAACCAGGGAUGCCAUGCUCAUUCAAUUCACUUCAGAUGCAAGUAUUGCUGGUGCUGGAUUUAAUGCUACUUUCCAUAAAAGUUGUGGUGGCUCCUCAGAAGCAGACAGAGGUGUGAUAUUUUCACCCAAUUACCCACAAAUGUAUCCCCCUAACCAAAAUUGUUCCUGGCACGUUUUGGUUACUGCUGGUUUCAUCAUUGGUGUCCAUUUUGAACAGCUAUUCCAGGUCUUGAAUGAAGAUGCUUCCUGUAGCCAUGGAGAUUAUGUUGAGCUUAGAAAUGGACCAGAUCUUUCUGCCCCACCAUUAGGACCCAGUGGAGGAAAUGGGCACUUUUGUGGCAGCAGUUCUAUUUCUACCAUGUACACCACAGAUAAUCAGCUGUUUGUCCGUUUCAGUUCUGACAGUAGUAAUGAAGGGCAAGGUUUCAAACUGAAGUUUGAGGCAAAGGGUCUUGCUUGUGGAGGGAAUAUCUAUAUCAGUGAAUCCAGCCCCUCUGGAUUUGUCUCUUCACCCAACUAUCCUGGUAAUUAUCCACCACAUGCUGAUUGUGUCUGGACCAUAAUUGCUCCCUAUGGAAAAGCAGUGGAGCUGCAGUUUGAAGAUCAGUUUGAUAUAGAGCCUUCACCCAGCUGCACAUUAAGUUACCUUGAAUUGCGAGAUGGUGCUGAUUCCAAUGCCCCAGUGAUUGCCAGGCUGUGUGGGAAUGCUCUGCCAGGCAUUCAAAGAUCUUCUGGUGCUACCCUGUAUAUGAGGUUUCGGUCAGAUGGUACAAACACACAGGCUGGAUUCAAUGCCAAGUAUUCAAGAGCUGAAUGUGGUGGAACACUGACAGGACAAAAUGGGUUUGUUGAAAGCGUUGGAUUUCCUGGACAUCACUAUCCAGACAAUUUGCUGUGUGAAUGGUUUCUUCGUGGACCUAUGGGCCAUUAUCUCACCAUUCGUUUUGAAGCACUGGAUAUUCAGAACUCAUCCGAGUGUAUAAAUGACUACUUGGAAAUUCGAGAAUAUAAUGCUUCAGGGGAUGUAUUAGGUAAAUACUGUGGUCGCGACAUACCCAAUGCUUUGGACACCUCUGGCAACAUGGUUUAUAUCAAGUUUGUCACUGAUGGAUCUAUCAAUGCUCCGGGCUUUAGACUGCAUUUCGCUGCUAGCGCUGAAGAGUGUGGAGGUGAACUUCGUGGCACUACCGGGACAUUUACUUCCCCCAACUAUCCAAACUCCUAUCCCCACAAACUAAGAUGUGAAUGGAGAAUCAUGGUGCCAUUGGGACACCGGGUCACUCUUACUAUCAGUGACAUGAAUUUUGGCUCCAACCAGAAUUGCAAUUCAGAUUAUGUGGCUAUUCACAACGGUUUUGGGGAACAUACACCCAGGCUAUCCAAGUUGUGUGGCAUGGUGAUCGCAGGCACUCAGGUUAAAUCCUCUGGAAACAAGAUAUCAGUAAUUUUGGUAACAAGCCAUAAUGAUGCAGAAGGAAGCUUCAGAAUUACAUAUUCUUCUGAAGAAGAUGCAGUGUGUGGUGGACUUCUGCUCAGUUCAGAUGGUGGGAACCUCACUUCUCCUGGAUACGAUGCCAUCAGCAAUUAUACAAACAACCUGAAUUGCGAAUGGGUCAUCCGGAAUCCACAUCCAUCCAUCACAACUGUUUCCCUCCUCUUUCAAGAUUUCCGAUUGGAACAGCACAUAAACUGCCAGAAUGACUACUUAGAGAUUCGAUUGGGGGAUUCUGAUGGACAGCUCUUAUACAGGCUAUGUGGCCGUGGGGCACCUGAAGAGCCACUACUAGUAGCAGCUCCAGAGAUCUGGAUACAAUUUGUGAGUAAUGAGGAACAUGCAGACAAAGGAUUCUUUAUCCACUACUUAUCUCAACCCUGUGGUGGUGUACAGGAAGCUGAAGGUGGGAUUAUCUUAAGUCCUAACUACCCACAGCCGUACAACAGUUCAAGUCAUUGUUCCUGGCUAUUGGUAGCACCAGAGGGGCAUACCAUAAAUCUUACUUUCGUGAAUUUUGCAGUUGAAAUGCACAGGGGCUGUCUCUGGGAUUCAGUAACUAUUCUGAAUGGUGGAUCUCCUACCUCUCCUGUCAUAGGACGAUAUUGUGGAAGAACAUCGCCUGGUACCAUUCAGUCAGGCUCCAAUCAAUUAUUAGUAAAUUUCAUUUCUGACCACUCUAUGCAGGGAGAUGGCUUCUAUGCAACAUGGACUGCAGAUUCUUUAGGAUGUGGUGGGAUUCUGCAUUCAGAAAACGGUACCAUCAGUUCUCCCCAUUGGCCACAGAACUUCCCUAGUAACAUCAGAUGUGCAUGGAGAAUCAUUUCUCAUGAAAGCAGCCAUUUGGAGAUAACCUUUGAUGAAAACUUCCAGAUUCCAGAUAGUAAUGGACAGUGUCAGGGCAGCUUUGUGAAGGUGUUGAAAGGAAGUGAUGAAGAACAGGAAGAUGCUAUAUUAGCCAUUGGGUGUGGAAAUGCAGCUCCUAGACCUAUUGUUGCUCCAAGAAAUGUGAUGACAACAGUGUUUCAGUCACAGGACAUCCCAGGACAUGGCUUUUCUGCAUCUUUUAUAGGCAGGUGUGGAGCAAAUUUCAGUGCUUCAUCGGGUCGUAUUGUCUCUCCUAACUUUCCCAGCCAAUAUGACAACAACUUGAACUGCAAUUAUAUCAUAGAAGUGAAACCCCAGGCUGUCGUGAUAAUACGUUUUGAAACUUUUGAUUUGCAACCUCAUAAUGCCCUGCAGAUUUGUGCUUAUGAUGGAGUGAAGAUCUUCAAAGGGAACAGGGUAAAUCCAUACCCCGUGGAAGCAUUCUGUGGUAAUGAAAUCCCUGCGCCUGUCGGCAUAUUUGGAACCGUACUGCUGAACUUCUACACAGACUCUCAUACUGUUGGCACUGGAUUUUUGGCCACAUAUAAAGUAAUCUCUUGUGGUGGUGUCUUCAAUAGGUCCUCUGGCACGAUCAUGAGCCCUACUCAUUCAGUUACUGAUUAUCAUCACAAUAUGAAUUGUUCAUACCACAUCAUCGUUGGAAGCAACAAGAUUGUGGCACUCAAAUUCAACAGCUUCCAGCUUGAAGCCUCUUCGUCAUGUGACAAGGAUUAUGUUGCUGUGUAUGAUGGUCCAAGCACCGUUGCUCUGCUUCUUGGCAAAUUCUGCGGUGAAGCACUUCCUCCCAUUAUUAAGAGUUCUACAAACAAUUUGUACCUGGUGUUCAAGACUGAUUCCUUUGAAGCAGCUGGCGGAUGGAAAGCAUCAUUCAGAGAGACCAUAGGUCCUCAGCAAGGUUGUGGUGGUUAUCUGACAAAGUCAAGUUCCAGCUUUGGCUCUCCAGACUCCAAUAACGAUGGCAAAUAUGACAAAGACCUAGAAUGUGUGUGGAUUAUAGCUGCACCCAUGAACAAGCUGGUCAAUCUCACCUUCAGCACUUUUACAUUGGAAGCAGCAUCUUCUCCUCAAGGCUGCCGAUUUGACUAUGUCAAACUGUACGAUGGCAGCAGUGAAAAUGCUCCUCUGGUUGGCUCAUUCUGCGGCUCCAGCAUUCCAGCUCCUUUUGUUUCUACUGACAAAUUCUUGACCGUUAAAUUUGUCACUGACAUGACUGUAGAAAGAGCAGGUUUCAAUGCUACCUACACUACUGUGGAUAGACUGUGUGGAGGUGUAUAUAAUGCAACUUCUGCUUCCCAGACUGCAACAUCACCCUACUUUCCAAAUGCAUAUCCCCCAUUUACAGUCUGUAAAUGGGUCAUUGAUGCCCCUCCUGAGCAGCAGGUUAAACUAGUCGUGCGGACAUUCCACCUCCAGUCCAGCCAAGACUGCUCUCAGAAUUACCUGGAGUUCCAGGACUCACCUCUGGGCAAUCAAGAACAUGCUGACCGUGUCCACCGAUUCUGCGGCUUUGAAAACUUUGCAAUUCCAGAGUUUUAUUCUUACAGACGGACUGCUCUUGUAAUUUUUAGAUCAGAGGCCUAUAUGAUUAACAAUGGACUUAGCUUUUCCUAUCAAGCUUCAGGCUGCAACAGAGAAUACAAUCAGUCGUUUGGCGAUCUGAAAAGUCCAGGCUGGCCCAAUCCUUAUCCUCGAAACUUGGAUUGCACCAUUAUACUACGAGCACCGUUGAACCACACUAUAUCUCUUUUUUUCAGUUCUUUCAAUCUAGAGGAUGAUGGAUGUCGGCAUGACUUCCUAGAGGUCAGGAAUGGCAGUGAUGCAAGUUCUCCGCUGCUUGGCAAAUAUUGUGGACACACUCUACCCAGCCCUGUAUUUCCUAAAAACCAUGUUGUAUAUCUGCGUUUCAAAAGCGAUGUCUUAAUUUCUUAUGAAGGAUAUGAGAUUACGUGGACUUCAUCACCAGCUGGAUGUGGUGGUACCUUAUAUGGUGAAACUGGUUCAUUAGCCAGUCCAGAGUAUCCAGCAUCUUAUCAGAAUCAAACAGAUUGUGAAUGGAUAAUCAAAGCGCCCAAAGGACGAGUUGUUACAGUUAAUUUUGCUUUCAUCAGCAUUGAUGACCCGGGUGAUUGUAUUAGCAACUACUUGAUACUUUAUAAGGGACCCGACACUACCUAUGCAUCCAUGGGACCAUACUGUGGAAUGGACACAAACAUUGCUCCAAUUACGACUGCAUCAAAUCAAGUGUUCAUAAAAUUCCAUUCUGAGUAUGUAACUCUACCAUCAGGAUUUUUGCUAACUUGGAACAGCUAAAAUAAUUCUCCUAUGAAAAAUACAUCUGCUCAGCACUUUUCUGUACCAAAGAGGCUUCAAAUAAUGAUUGUGUUUAUGAUGAUAAAAUAAAAUUGUUUUUCAGCAA